AUGGUCGACGAGAUGGGUUGGUGGGCCAUCCCGAUUGUCUGCCUGGUGAUAUUCACUCUGUACGGCAUCGAGGGUAUUGGUUCACAACUGGAAGAUCCAUUCGGCUAUGACAGGAAUGACAUCAAGAUGGACGCGCUGGUUGGCGAUACCAAGAUCGAGAUUGACGUUGUCCUCACAGAAUGGCGCACAUACUCCAAGGCCAUGGAGAGUUCCUGGUAUGGAAAUGACGGGGCCCACGGUCACGGAGAGCGAUGCUUGGAUGCUGGCGCUCAACCAGGCGCAAAUGGAGAUAAACAGAAGAAAGAGAAGUACACACCUCCUGAUCUGUUUUUGAGGUUGAGGCCACGUACACUGGGCGAUAACGGACAUCGAGAGACCGCAUAG